AUGGGAGGACUUAUACCCCUUCUGCUCCCGUCGACUGCUGGCAACAGAGCAAGUGUGAUCUAUAAUCCGGUCGAGGCAAUAAGACCAGCAACAGCCAUGGCCCAAACAACAACAACCAAACAAGCCCACCGUCGUCAGCAGUCACUACCAACACCGAACCCCACGAGACGGCUCUCCAUCUCCGUUGCGCCACCUGCUCUGCCCCUCCUGCCUUACACGGCAGACGAGUGGAAAAAGGCCGUCAACGAGGUGAAGCGCAAGUUCGUCAAUCACAAAUACCGGACCUGCUCGGCACGGUGCUGCGAGAUCCUUGACAACCUCAAGGAUAUAUCCAACGUGGAGCCCCUGCAUCUCGUUUACCUGCACUUCUACGCCGCAUCCUCCUUCGAGAUGUGCGCGCGGCCCCUAUCCCAGUCUUCGGCUUAUCGGACCAAGCUGCUCCGUGAUGCAAAACACCACUACGAGACGGCAGACAACCUGAUCUUGAAAGUACAGGAGACGACAACCGUGCAAGAGACGAGAUCGUUCUCGCCGUCAAAUUCGAUGACGUCAAGCAUGCACUCACCUUCGCUCUCCAGUUCAUCUGCCUCCACUGUUAGCACCGCGCUCUCAUCACCGCGGACCUCCGUCUUCUCACCAGGUGAUAAGACGGAAAUUGUUGCUAAGCCGGCCAAGAAAAAGGUGUCCUUUUCGGGCCUGCCAGAACCCAUCGAGAUUCCCAAGCCGUGGCAAAACUGGUCCGAGCCGUACAUCCGCCCGGACAGCCCGACUCUGGGAUGGGAAGAAGACUACUUCCUCUUCGGCUCGCAAGGAAGUCCCGCGCCUGUCGUUCCAGCCCCUGGACCCGAGCCCGCUGUCAUCGAAGAAGAGCCAGUUCCGCAGGAAGAGCCUGAGACCGAGACGCCUAAAGUACCUCUAGCCGCGGGAGUCUCAUCUCCUCGCCCAGACGAAGCCAAAUUCGACCUCGAAGCCUUCCUCCAAACCAAAAACAUGAUCCGCUUCUGCGCGCAGCUCUCCGCUCUCCGCAAUCAAGUCUUCUGGCAUCGUGACGCCGUCAAUGGCCUACUAGCUGAGCACGACGACACCCCCGAGACCCCGGCCGUCCCUGAACUUCCGCAGGAUCUCGCCCGCAUUGAGCGCUUGCGUGCGAGCGGGUGGCAGCGGAAGCGGUUUGACAGUCGACGGUAUGAGGUAUUGAGGGAGCAGGUAUUGAAUGAGCUGGGUGCUUAAAUUUGCGGAAAAAAGAUUAUUUCAUGAUUAAACGCUGAAUGUCGCACAUUAACUUUUACUCCUGUCCUCUUCAUAUUUGGACCUUUUCAUUGUUAUAUAAGAGAGAGCCGCCGGACGCCUAGCGUGUUAUUUUGAAUUUUAUGUAUCAGCGCUUGACAUGGGCGAAAAGUUGCAUAUUAAGCUCUUCUUUUUCAUCAUUGGACACUUGGAAGGUUAGGGGCCGGUGGUCGUGUUACUAUUCUCUCCGAGAACGGAGGUUUCCUUCCUGUCUACUUUUCAAGAUAUCCCAAAUCUUUAUUCUGUGUAUAAAAUAUUCGUAUUACCUACUUGUACUCAAUUGAUAACCGUGU